AUGAGGAAGGAGGCGCGCAAGAGAGAGCUGAAGAAGAACAAGAAGCAGAGGAUGAUGGUCCGAGCAGCAGUGCUGAAGAUGAAGGACCCACGUCAGAUCAUCAAAGAUAUGGAGAAACUCGACGAGAUGGGUGUGUGUGUGAGAGAGUGUGUGUGUGUGUGUGAGAGAGAGUGUUUGCGUGAGAGCGAGCGUGAGAGCGAGAAAAUGAGUUCAGCUCUGAGAGUGUGUGUCCAUCAGAACGCUGAGUCCGUGGAGGUGGACAGUAUUCCUCUUCCAGACAUGCCUCACGCUCCAUCCAGCAUCCUCAUCCAGGACAUUCCCCUUCCUGGAGCUCAGCCGCCCUCCAUCCUGAAGAAGAGCUCCGCACUCGGGAAGGGCUCAGCGCUGUCAGCGGCCGCUCUAGCUGGAGUUCCUCGCCUGCCGCCGGGACGCAAGCCCCCGGGACCCCCGCCGGGGCCGCCUCCGCCGCAGGUCCUGCAGCUGUACGCUAACACUCGACGCACAGGAAUGCCCCCGCCCCCUCCGCCCCGCAUGGCUCCGCCCCUCUCUCUGUUCCCGCCUCCGCUCAAUCCCAAUGUGCUCAGUGCUCCGCCCAGCAUCCGGCAGAAGUCGCCCGUGGUGACAGGCUCCUCCAGCGACUCCACCCCCAUGGCCCCACCUGCCCGAGGCUCCGCCCACCAGAUGCCGCCACCCCCCGGCACCACGGCCACCAUCGAGAAGCGGGCCAUGGUCUCGGGCCCCGGGACGUCCUUGGCCCCACCGGGCGGAGCCACCAUCUCGGCCAAGCCGCAGAUCAUCAACCCCAAGACGGAGGUGACACGCUUCGUGCCCACGGCGCUCCGCGUGCGCAGGGACCGGGCCCCGGGCCGCAGAGACGAGGAGCCGCCCAAACCAGCGGCCGCGGCCAAACCCAGUCAGCCGCCUGGCGCCGCGCCACCCGGCCUCAAGACCAAGGACCAGAUGUACGAGGCCUUCAUGCGUGAGAUGGAGGGGCUGCUGUGAGCUUCUGCACAUUCACCAGAUUGUGUUUUAUCUUCAGAGAUGUGAAUAAACGCCAGAUGUCAAACUC